UUUGGUGUUUGUUAUUAAAGAGAUGUUAAGAGUGUUUUAACUUAGUGUUUUAAAUGUGAAAUAAAUAAAAAAAAUAAUUAAACAACUCUUAAAACAGACGAGAGUUCUUGAUGUUAUUGAGAGAGAAAGAACAGUGGAUAUUGCUUGGUUUAAAGAGAUUUUAUUUUAGUGGUUUAAGAGUGUUUUAAGAGUGGUUUAAGAGUGUUUUAGUAAGAAUAAAGACCCAAUAACGUGAAAAAACUCUUAAAACACAUAGAAACUCUUGAAAAUUAAUUAUAAAGAACAGUGGAUAUUGCUUGGUUUAAAGAGCUGUUAUUUUAGUGGUUAAAGAGUGGUUUAAGAGUGGUUUAAGAGUGUUUUAGUAAGAAUAAAGUUCCAAUAACGUGAAAAAACUCUUAAAACACAUAGAAACUCUUGAAAAAAUCCCCCCCAAAAAUCAUAAAAAUUACGAAAAACUGAAAAAAAAAAUUAUCCCAAGAAAUUUUCCAAUAUUUUUUUUUUUUGAAGGAAGAAAAUUUUCAACCAUGACACAAGGAAUCAAACACCUCCUCUUCCUCCUAAUCUUCCUCCUGGAUUAUAAGGGACUACAAACAAUUGCUAAUCCAGGUUGGAAAGAACAAACUAACUGGGGUAAUAAUGAGAGACAAGGCCCACCCAGAAAAGGCCCUCACCUCCUACCAGGCCUUCCCACCAACGUCUCCGUCACAGCGGGCAGACUGGCCACCCUACCUUGUCGAGUCGCUAAUCUCAAGGGCAGAUCAGUGUCGUGGAUAAGGCAACAAGACCUCAAGGUGUUAGCUACUGACGGGAUCAUUUUCACAUCCGACCAUCGCCUGAAGGUGCGGGCGUGGAGAACGGGCGCGGUGUGGGCGUGGGAUCUGCAGAUUGGCCACACUACAGUAGGAGACGCGGGCGUGUAUGAGUGUCAGGUGAACACUCGACCUAAACUGUCUCAUCCGGUCACCCUCGAUGUUCAGUUAGGAGGAGCGGUUAUACCUGGCCCAAAUGAGGUUUAUGUAGAGGCUGGUUCACGCCUUCUCCUCACCUGUUGGGUACACGCGCCUCCUCGUUCACCUGGCUCCCUCACCUGGCUACAUAAUUACACACCUGUGCAUACUGAAGGCUCCAGGAGCGGUGUGAGUCUCCGUGUGUCUGGAAGGCUCUAGGGCUACUUCUAAGA